AUGUCUGCUUCAGAGAUGGCUUGCACCUACGCUUCUUUGAUCCUUCAUGAUGAUGGGAUCGCUGUCACUGGGGAGAAGAUUGCUGCGCUCUUGAAAGCCGCGAAUGUGAGUGUGGAGUCGUAUUGGCCCAGUCUCUUUGCGAAGCUAUGUGAGAAGAAGAACAUUGAUGACCUCAUCUUGAACGUUGGAUCUGGUGGAGUUGCUGCUCCUGUUGCCGCUGCUGCACCAGGAGCUGCCGCGGCUCCUGCCGCCGCUGCUGUUGAGGAGAAGAAGGAAGAACUGAAUGUGGAAAGCGAAGAUGAUUUGAGAGCAAUUUUCAGUGAAACAACAACCAUGUUGACGUCGAUAUUCACUGCUUUUGAUGUCGUCUGUGCUGGGUAUUUUGGCCAUAAGAUCGGCCUUUCUUGGGCUCCAAGAAAAGAGGAAAUCGAAAAACCACAAGGUUUUGUUGUUUCUGAUCAGGAUUGCAAGGUACCUUGGAUGUCGUUAAUGGAGGAUGCGAAAAAGGGUAAGGAAGAAACUUCGUCACCACCACCAUCACAGGUUGAUAAGCCACGCCAGCAGAGGAGGCCGAGGUUCGCUCCGGAGUAUGACGGCGUGCACUGUUUUGAGACCAUCAUCCCAUGCUAA